AUGUGGACAAUUUGCAAAGAAAUCAGAGGACAGAAUAAUGCAGGGGAAUGUGGGAUGGAAGGAGUUCCACGUGAGAUUGCACAAAAGUUCAAUUACUUCUUCAAUAAUGUUGUUCCACAGGCGUGGGCACAGCCAGAAUGUAAACUUAGGCAGAAUGACAGAUCUAUGUACCUAAAACCAACCACCCCAACUGAAAUAUUAGAAAUAGGGAAAUCACUCAAAAAUAAACAUACCAGCGGUGUUGAUGACAUACCCACCAGCAUAAUUAAACUGGCUCUGCCUGAAAUAAAUGAAGUCCUAGCACACCUUAUCAAUCAGUCGUUCAAAGAAGGAGAAUUCCCAGAACAACUCAAAAUAGCAAUUAUAAAACCAGCAUUAAAAAAAGGAGAUCCUAAAGACAUGGGGAACUACAGGCCUAUUACCCAUGGAAUAAGAGGAAUGGCAUUCAAGUGGUUGAAAUCAUACCUGAGCAAUAGAAAACAAAAAGUAAGAAUUAACAAAGAUGGAGAGAGUGCUGAAUCGGAGGAAAUGAUAAAUAAUAGAGGUAUAGCUCAGGGAAGUAUCCUGGGACCCCUUCUUUUUCUUGUCUUCCUCAAUGAUCUAGAAGACAUAGUGAAGGAAGAGGAGGAAGAAUCAUUGUUGAACUAUGCGGAUGAUACCAGUUUGUUGAUCGGAGCGAAAGAAAAGGAUACUUUAAUCAGAUCGGGAACUAACUUCUUCAAUAGGACACAAGAAUGGUUAAAGAAUAAUGAUCUCAAAUUAAAUGUGGAAAAGACGAACUUACUGAUUUUCAGCACCAACAGAAGUAAUAAAAGCAGACCAACAAGCAUAACAUUGGAAAGUAAAGAAAUUCCUGUAACAGAUAACACAAAAUUCCUGGGGAUAUUCAUUGACUCCUUCCUGUCAUUCAGGGCGCAUGCAGAAUAUUUAGGACAAAAGUUGAGUCAGAUUAAUUUUGCCUUGAGAAUAUCUAAAAGAUAUUUGAGUGAAAAAGUAUUAAAAAUUCUGUAUCAUGCAAAUUUUGAAUCUAGGCUGAGAAGAGAACUCUGA